AAGGACAUGUUAUCACUUAGUUUCCAAACUGAAUUACCCGGAUUCAUUCUGCAACGUAAGAGAACGUUGAAUACCUAACCUGCAAACAUGGCCGUAUUCAGUAACAAUGUACGCCGGAGGUUUAUCGGGCUCGUACUGGUCAUUUGUGGUACAUUAGGAUACACCAUGGCUACAAAUGGUUGUCUUGGGGAAUUUACGGAUCCAUAUGGCGUCAUCACAAGCCCAAACUACCCAAUGAAUUAUGAAAACUACACUGAUUGUGAAUGGGCCAUCAGGGCACAAGAAGGCAAACGGAUCAAACUGGAUUUUACAUUCUUUGAAAUGGAAGAUCAAUGCAGAUUUGACAACCUAAGUAUCUUCAAUGGGCCAAGCACCGCCUCUCCCUCCAUCGGAACAUUCUGCGGGAACGCGACACCAAGUGGAUUCAGGUCUCAGUCGAAUAGUGUAUACUUUAUCUUCAGAACAGACCAUAGCGUUACAUAUCCGGGUUUCAGCCUAACCUACCUGUUCUUCACACAAGUUUCAAGUGUGGCAAUUGGCAAGACAGCGAUUCAGACGGACACGGCUUACGAGGGUUGGUCGUUUAUAGCUGUUGAUGGAUUUACAGACACGUGCUCAAAGUCAACGUCCAUUAAUGCAGAAUGGAAGCUUGAUCUGGCUGAGUAUUACCUCAUCGAAGAAGUGUCGAUACAUUCUUCAGUUGAAGCUAAAUCCUAUACAAUCGAAAUGGCACUGGCACGUGGUAAGUACGAGGCUGAUGCCAUCCUGAGCCCAUCUGCAUUCAGCUCAUCUACGUGGAGACCCACCAGCAAAGGUCCUUACAGGCAUGUUAGAGUAAUGGCGAGACCACAAAAUCAACCUCUGACAAUCUGCGAGCUCCAGAUCAAAGGAUCUCCACAACCAAGGACACCACCAUUCCGGGUUUUCACUGGUAUCGCUAUGUCAAUUCCUUCUGUCUGUACAAUCGCACCUGUUGAGGGUCAGAUAGAGUGCUCGUCAAUCUGUCUUCGUCAAAAAAUACCAGCCUGUGUGACCGCACAGUUCGACCAGGCGAAGAAGAGCUGCGCACUGUUUGACGGAUGCGAGCACACCGAUUACCCGAGUAAUGAAAUCAAAACAGUUGUGUUCGCCUUUGCUGCAAACUGCUUUACAAAAUAACAAUACUUUAAAUUCCCCACAUGAGUAUUCUUGCAAUGAUCCUUUCAUCGAGUAAUAUCAUUUGUCUUUAAGACGAAAUGUCAAUAUAAUUUUCUAUGAAUUAGCAAUAACUUGUGUAACCCUUUCCCCAAUGGGCAAACUGAAAAUGGCUUUGGCAAACAGCAUAAAACCAGAACAGCGAAAAGAAAUACAUUAUACGUUGUAUUAUUUCCGUGGUUUGUACGCGUUUUAUUUUGUUUCUAAGGUGUCUUAGAACAGAUUUCAGCAAAGUGAUAUUACCGGGCGAUUGGUAGGGAUAUGAACUAUUUCUCUCUUUUUUUUUAAACUAUUACUUUAAGGAACUAUUGUAUUACAAAUACUUAAAAAUAAACAUUUUAUAUGUUUAUAUAAUUAUUUAGAAAAAUAUGAGAACAUGCUGUAGUUAAAAUGUUCCGUGUGUACGGUGCUUGUAUUUUUUAUUGAUGUUAACAAUAUUAUUUUGCUGACAUUUUUUAUCGAACGAUAAGAUCUUAAGUUUUAAAUAUGUUUGUUUUGUAUCAAGUUAGGAGGCGAAGACAGUUCCCGCAUUACAAAGUCAUAUUUAAUAAUGCAAUCAAAAUGUGCGCAAUAUACUAUCUUUACAAAUGUAACAAGCUAAAUAUAUUUUCAACCAUUUUAAAAUAUAAAUAAGCAGUUUUAUUAAAACAUUAUAUUGCACACAUUUCAUUUUUUAAUGUCCAAAUAUUUUUUUGUCCCCUACCGGUUUCACCGGAGGGGACUUAUGGUUUUCGCUCUGUGCGUCUGUGAGUCUGUCUGUCACACUUUUCUGGAUCCUGUGAUAAAUUUAAAAGUUCUUCAUAUUUUUUCAUGAAACUUGAAACAUGGAUAUAUGGCAAUAUGGACAUUAUGCACGUCAUUUUAUUUUGUUCCUACGUCAAAAUUUCUGGUUGCUAUGGCAACAAAUAGACUAGAAAUACUGAUAAAAAAUGGUAGUUUUUUUUGAUCCUGCGAUAACUUUAAAAGUUCCUCAUAUUUUUCCAUGAAACUUUAAACAUGGAUAGAUGGCAAUAUAGACAUUAUGCACGUCAUUUCAUUUUGUUCCUACGUCAAAAAUUCUGGUUGCUAGGGAAACAAAUAUAUAAAAAAAUAUUAAAAAUUCUGACAAUGGUCGAAUUUCUGACAAUGGUGGAUCCGGUAGGGGACAUAUAUUGCUUGGCAAUAGUCUUGUUAGUCUUGUUAAAAUUAAAAAAAAUGUUUGUUAGGUUGUUUGUAUAUAAACUAUUUUAUGGUUAUAAUUUAGGUUUUUUAAUAUGUUUUGUUUUGUUUUACUGAUAUGACAUUGUUUCCAUUCAACUUAUAUAUUGUAUUUAUUAUAUAGGUUAUUGCUCAUUAUAAUACAGAAAUAACAGUGGUCCGCAUGUAAAAGAUUUAAUGCAUGUCUAUGACAUACAAAUAUCGUUAAAUGUUCGAUUGUUUAACUAUUUGCAUUCUAUAGUUGUGAUACCUUACCUAGUGAAUGUAACAAACUAUCUUAAUUCAUAUGAAUUACAACCAUCGUGAAUAAAAUGUUUAUUAUUGUUGUCAUACUAUUAUUGUUGUCAUACUAUUAUUGUUGUCAUACUAUUAUUGUUGUCAUACUAUUAUUGUUGUCAUACUAUUAUUGUUGUCAUACUAUUAUUGUUGUCAUACUAUUAUUGUUGUCAUACUAUUAUUGUUGUUAUAUUAUUGUUGUCAUUGUUUCGGUAAGGAGGGACUUCCUUGAAACUAAAAAUACCAUUAAAACGGAAAGUGUCGUCCCUGGCUAAUCUGGGACGACACUUUACGCACAUGAAUUAAGCCCAGUUAUAUAAUUAUGCUUUAUCUCACGUAUGACAAAACUUGAAAAGAAGUACUCUAAAAAGAAAUUUUAGUUAUGACUGAUAGAAUCGUCAAAUAUUAAAUUGUAAAUUGCUUACACGUUUAAUCAGUUCAUGUGCAAAAUGGACUUACUCCUUUUUUAAAGGGUCCGUCCAACAGAUUUUGGCAUCUAUUGAAGCAUGUCAUUAAAUGCUUUAUAUUGAUACACUUAAAUAUUUGACCUAAAAUCGCCAGUAAAAAACAACAACACAAGAAUACAAUUUAAAAAAGGAAAAAAAGUAACCCUCAACAGGGCUCGAACCACUGACCCCUGGAGUCCUGGAGUAAAAAGUCUCCCGCAUACACCACGCGACCAUACAUGGUCAUGCUUAGAGUGGAUGUAUUUUUUACCUAUAUAAGCAAUCCUCGUAGUUUCCCAAUAUAUAACUACAACAACAGAACUUUAUAAAUUAUUCAAUCGUUUCGCGUCGCACGACGCUUUAUAAUUUUCAGGUGUUCAAAUCGUCAAAAGAUGCAGAUAAUGGAUAUUUAAGAGCAUGAUAAAUGGUCAGUAUUACUAUUUCCUCAAAAAUAUCAUAACUAAAACGAAAAUUUGCGAUUCUGAAACAACUUUUUUUGGUUUUGUCAAUUUACCAAAACGUUGGACGGCCUCUUUAAAAGGAGGACUAAACCUGAUAAGUAUCUUAAUCAGACUGUGGUGUGCGAUCAUACUGUAAUAUGUUAACUAUUUCUAAGGUCAUGCAUUGAUUAAUUGCUGCUUAAUAGAAAACCUGACCCGUUCUUCACUUAACACUUUUGUGAACGCGAUCAAUGUACUCGGUAUUAAUAUGUGCCUUGUGUUUUACAGUUAAUUUUAAACAUGUCUACACAUGCUGUUGACCGUUGAUAGAUUUGCAAUGAGCAGUUUUUUAGAUAAACGUUCAAGUGAAGAAAGCAAUCCCUGAUACAAUAACCAGAUACGAAAUAGUUCACUUUUUCCAUAAUCUAAGAUAUAAAUAAAAAGUUAAGUUAUAUCAAAACAUUGCACAAAUUGUCGUAGUAAAGGCCCAUUGCACAAUUGUCGUAGUA